AUGAAGAUCAUAUUGGACAGAAAAGCAUGUGCUGCAAUAGAUAAGGGAGUUGCCGGAAAGUUUGAGCACCUUUCCAUGGCUCUGAAGGAGUCUGGCAUGUACGUGCAGGCUGUGGACAAGUCCAAAAGCAUUGUGGUUGACCACUACAUAGACAAAGUUCUUCUGGAGUCGUAUACAGAGGGCGAGGGCGUGACCGUCCCGCACGUCAAGUUUCUCCUGAACGGAAUGGACCGGCUGUACAUAUCCAGGGUUGGCGCCCUGCUGAAGCUUCUUUGGACCGGCGAGGGCGUCACCCUGGAGAAAAACUUGUACACGCUGGACUUCGAGUGGACGGAGGUGGAGUACAGCCUGGGCUCUGUCGUCUUUCCGCUGCCAUACACAGGGCUGGCCCUCAUCAGAAAGGUGUGCGGGGGCGAGCUGGAGAUGCAUGUAAGAGAAAGCGCCGUGGAGAUCCGCGCGCUGUCUGAGAACUGCGUGACGCUGACCGCCGCCCUGGACACCCCCGUGGGAGAAGCAUGCAUGUUCACGCUGCUUAAGUACCACCUGGACAGGCUGCCAAAGUAUGCAUACACCACGGCAACUUUUAGCGUGUACCGGCAGGGGCUGGUUGCUCUGUCUUUGGAGGCGCUGGGGGUCAUAACCACGGUGACCAUAGCAACAGAGGUUGUGUUUUUCAGCUAG